GGAUCAGCGUCUCGUUGACACCAAUACUCCAAUUGGAAUUGCGAAUAAUAUUAAUUGGAUUUGCGAAUUGACUGUUUUUUGGCAGGUUUUCGUGUUUUGAUGUCAAUCGUAACCCUCGCAAGUUUACGUAUGUAAAGAGAUGGAUUGAAGAGGACGAUUUACAUAGUUCUUGUAAUUUCAACGUCCUUCAAGUGGCAGUCAACUUUAAGGAGUGAAAUAGUUCUGUGAUUUUCGUUAAAUUUUUCCAAUUGGGAUCAAGUUUCCUAAAUAUUUUUUAAAAUUAAAAAUCAAGUUUUUAUUUAAUACGAGUGAAAUAAAUAUGCGCAUUUUCUUGUUGUGGGGGACAUUCGUGAUUUUGUUCUUGGUCAAAUGUGAAGGACAAUUUCCUCCGCAGACUGGAAGGGUGACCACUGGCCAGCAAGUGACCGAUAUUCUCAAUAGCCUACUUGAAGGAUAUGAUAAACGAGUACGACCUAAUUAUGGAGGGGAGCCUGUCGAUGUGGGAGUUACCAUGUACGUAUUGGGCAUUUCAUCCCUCUCGGAAGUGCAAAUGGAUUUUACGACGGAAUUUUACUUCCGGCAAAUUUGGAACGACCCACGACUCAGCUUUAAAGGGGAGCCAGGAAUUAGAAGUAUAACUGCGGGAACCGAUUUCGUUCGAUCAGUUUGGGUUCCGGACACUUUUUUCGUUAAUGAAAAGAUGUCGUAUUUCCACACAGCUACCGCGCCCAACGAAUUGUUUCGCAUAUCCGAAUCCGGAGAUGUCGUGAGAUCAAUGAGAUUGACCGUAACAGCGUCGUGUCCCAUGGAUCUGAAAAACUUUCCAAUGGACACUCAGCUCUGCACAUUGGAAAUUGAGAGCUACGCCUUCAAGAUGUCGGAUAUUCGGUACAGUUGGGCGAAGGGCGUUGAUUCCGUUGGAGUAGCGGAAGAUGUUCCACUCCCUCAAUUUAAAAUUGUAGGACAUCGUCAACGAUCAUUUGAGAUAUCAUUGAGCUCUGGUAAUUAUUCCCGAUUGGCAUUGGAAAUCAAGUUUGAGAGAUGGCUGAGAUAUUACAUCUAUCCAGUUUAUUGUCCCGCCACGCUCAUUGUGUUGAUUUCUUUCGUGAGUUUCUGGAUCAAUAGGAACGCUACGACUGCUCGAGUUGCGUUGGGUAUUACGACGAUUUUGACCAUGACAACGUUGAUGUCUUCUGUGAACGCUGCUCUCCCAAAAGUUUCAUACAUCAAGAGUUUGGACGUUUUUCUGGGAACUUGUUUCGUAAUUACGCUUGCUGCUUUAUUGGAAUUUGUGACGGUCGGCUAUGUCGGAAAACAGAUCGAGAAGAGGAAAGAGGAAGAUGAUGCGGAAGGAGGAAAUGCAAAUGAGACCAAUGCAAAAAAAGUUGGGAAAUGGGGCGGCGUUGCACCGGCGGAUCUUGAUAGCCGUUUCUUCACUCGCUGGGACUUUGUUGACCGCGGCGCGCCCAUUCUUAGCCUUGGAUCUCUUCUGUUUUCCUUCGUCUCCUCGAUUUAUUGAGUCACGAAGCCACUUUGCAAUAGAGGAUCUGGUAUGGAUUCAGGGUCCUCUUGAUUCUUUUUGAAACCUUUCGACCGAUUUGAAGGAAACGCGCACUUUGUGUUGUUAUCCGAAAGCCAAAUUCGUGGCACUACUUCAAUUGUCCUGUCCACAGGAAACUCCACUACACAAAAUUUCUUUAACACUAUAUCUGUCAUUGAUAUAAUUACUUUUUUCAACUAAAUAAAUUGAUGUAAUCCGGUGUAAAUGUUGCUUCUGAGUGGCGGUGCGGUAGUGCGUGCUCACGAGAAAUCUACACUGAUACAGCGAUGAUUAUGUACUUAUAAUCACCACAGAUUAGCGGACGAUUUUUCGUUACUGAUUCGUUAGAGGGUAAUAGAGGAUUUAUCAACACUACUUCUUAGGUUGUAAAAGUGUGAGGAUUUUGUACCGAAAUUUGGGUGGCUGGUAGGUAAAGAUUUAUCAUCACUGAUUAGUUGUUGGAAUAUGCAUGAUUUUUCAGCGCCGUUUUUUGGACAUCAAAUGUGUAAGGAUUUUGCACCAGAAUUUUGGCGUUUUGUUGGUAACGAAUAAAAGACGCUUAACCAGUAUUGAGUGUCAACGGUAAACAUCCGUCGAAAUUUCCAUACCUAGUUAAUGCGUUAUCAUUAAGUCAAUUUAAGCGCUGAAAAUUCGGUACCCAAAGUUUGCCAUUUCCGUAUUUUUAUUUAAGCAACGAUUUUUCGUUUUCAUAUCAUUGCUACUUUCGUUACUCCAUCCUCACCUUUGGUAUCUCGGGAUUAUACCCGUCCGCAAAAAUUUGCUACCGAUAUGGCAAAACUUUAAUACUGAUCAAACUACACGGUAUUGUUUAUCAAUUCUGCCUUGGUGGAGUCAUGUAUGAAUUCCGUUGUAUUACUUUAAUACUACAUUUCUAAGAGUGUAUAAAACCAAAAUGUGUUUUGUGUUUUUAAGAUUUUUUUACUUGUACAAUUACAAAUAUAUUUUCAUAUUGAAACUUAAGUACAUACAUUUACUUU